AUGUUCAAAAUUAAAGAGAAAAAGUUUAAAUUUUUACAAAAAGAUGCUAAUAAUAAAAUUAAAGAAAUAAUUAGAAAAGAAGAAAAUCCCCCACCAACUAUAGCCAGAAUCAACAGAGGACUUGGCCACAAUUUUUAUCAAGGAGAUAUAAUUCUCAAUCUUAAACAAGCAGAAUUUUUAUUUUCAAAAUUUAAAUAUACUCCAUCAGAUAAAAGGAAUAGGCGACAAGCAAUUAAUUCUGUGACUUUUCCAACUUCUCUAUGGCUAAAUCGGACAGUUCCCUACACUUUUGGAAAUUCCAUUUGUUAUACAAUUUUUUUGAAAUUUUACAUCCUUAAAAUUUUAGCUGAGGAAAGACGCACACGGAUUCGACAAGCACUCAGUUUUUGGGCUGAUCAGACCUGUCUAAAUUUUCGUGAGGAAGAGCUUUUUCAAAGCAAUCCAUCAGAGACUAGAUUACAGUUUGGAAAAGGCAAUGGAUGUUCUAGCUAUGUUGGUAAACAAGAAGGGGAUCAGUAUGUCUCUAUUGGAGAGGAUUGUGAUCAAUUUGGCAUUAUUACACACGAAGUUGCACAUGCUCUUGGGUUCUUUCAUGAACAAUCACGUUGGGAUAGAGACCAGUUUGUUAGUGUUAGUCUUGAUAAUAUAAGGCAUGGAUACGAGGAUCAGUUUGAUAAGGAAUCCGAAGAAGAAAAUGAUAAUCAACAAGUAUCUUACGAUUUGGGUUCAGUAAUGCACUACUCAGAAUGUGAGUCGAUAAUGUCAAAAUCUCUAAAAUGUCAAAAUGUCAACUUUGACUUUUUAGACGCUUUUUCUUCCCCCGAUGCCCACAACCCUGUUUUAUCAGCCAAAGAGCCUUACAACCAAAAAACUAUGGGCCAGAGGAUCGCUCCCAGUUUUUUAGACGUGCUACUGAUGAAUAAGCGCUACAUGUGUUUGGAUGACUGCAAAAGCAGAGGUGUAGAAUGCAAAAAUGGUGGAUUUCCAAAGCCAAAAGACUGUAGUCAAUGUAUAUGCCCUUGGGGGUUUGGAGGCAAAUUUUGCGAUGAGAGAAGCUCAAGUGUUGGGAUUGCCUCUAAUUGUGGAGAGACAAUAGAGGUGGGGAUGUUUUUAAAAGAUUUUAUUACCAAAUAG